UGUGUGUGUGUGUGUGUGUGUGUGUGUGUGUGUGUGUGUGUGUGUGUGUGUGUGUGUGUGUGUGUGUGGUGUGUGUGUGUGUGUGUGGAGCUGCAGAAAUCCUCCAACACAGAGCUGCGCACAUGAAUAGUCCCACUCAGUCUUUUGCUCUGUGCUCACACCCUCACUCACACACAUAUUUUUGACAGACAUACAUGCUGUCUGGUGCACGUGCGCAUACAGACUGCACAGAUACACAUACACACACACGCACACACAUAGAUGCGCCUGCAGCCACACUGCCUGAUUAGCUUGCGAGAGCUGUCUACAGCAUCCAGAGAAAUGGCGCAAGAGGCAGUGCACUGGAGGAGGAGCGGCAGCCUGAAGCAGCAAGAUUAGACCUCUGGAGUUUUGAACAGCGGAGGCAGGGUUUGACUCGGAGCUACCAGUCAGGAUAUGGACUAUCAGGAGAUGUCCCGGACUGAGUGAGGACUGACUCAGGUCUUGUGGGGUCGGUCUGACUGACUAACGCACCGGUAGAACUGGGCCUGGCUGAUGGAUCCACAGAGCUGAGGGAGGUACAAUCCAAGCAGGGAAACAGACCCCAGCUCUGGUGAAGGUUUUUCUUCCUGAUCGUCUCCUACGGGCCUGCCUCUAUCCCCACCCCAAUCCUCUCCAUCUUUGUUUUUGUCUUGCUGUUCCCCCUUUCUAACAUCCCAGCUGUCAGCCACGCUUCCUUCACUUCCAUCGUUCAGCUUCACGGUUAAUUUUGCAUCCUGCCAUCACCAUCUCUCUUCUCCUCUCACCUCCAUCAUCUGAUAUUUGUUAAAGUGUUCUUUAUUAAGCAUUUCACUGAGCCCUUGUUGCACCAUUAUUUUUUGUUUACAUCCGCCUUUCUCAUCUCCUCCAUCGGCUCUUCUGUGUGUCCUUCAUACGGUCCCUCACUCUCGCUCCCUCUGCUGCCCUCUCUCAUUUCUUUUUCGGCUGUCAUCUACCUCAACUCUGUCGUUGCUGUAAAUCUGGGUCAGUCUGCCCUGCAAAUGGGAUGAGAUGUAGUCUUCACAGCAGCCAGAUCCAGGGGGGGCUCCCGGUCUGCCCGUCAGGGAGACCCUCAUCUUCAGACCGUGGUGGGGCUGGAGCCCAUCUCAGGACUGACUGGGUGGCCUGCUUCAGUGAGCCGCAUGUAGGCAAGGACAGUCUGCACCAGCCGCCCCUACCCUCACCCUCCCCCCUCCCCUCCCCCAUUCCUUUGCCCCAUCUUGGGGCAGUUGUCACUCUGGAGUGUCCCAACUUGGCUGGCUGUGGCCUCUCCUCACACACCCUGACGACGCCCUCAUGCCGUUGGGGCACCCGCAGUGCCUCGACCCCUCUCUACCGAGCCACUUGCCGGUGCCAUUGGCCCAAGCCUCCCGUUGCCCUCAACAUGGGUGUGGUGGAGGCCAUUGACCCAGCGCCAUCCUCCUGCCCCUCGCCCAUACCUGGGGGUUACCGGCUGCCCCGCUCCUCCAGCUUCAGUCCCCUGCAGGGGAGGGCAGGGGCAGAGCUGGACCUCGAUUCGGCUGCUGGAGAGGUGCUGGAGGGGGGCGGGACAGCGGCGGAACGCAGGACGCCCUUAGUGGACCUGUUCUGUGAGACCUGCUCCAGGCCCUGGCUCAUCGGUUGGUGGGACCAGUUCAAGAGGAUGUUGAACAGGGAGCUUUCCCAUUUGUCAGAAAUGAGUCGCUCAGGGAAUCAGGUGUCAGAAUACAUCUCCACUACCUUUUUAGAUAAGCAGAACGAGGUGGAGAUCCCAUCUCCGACCUUGAGGGAGAGAGAGAAGCCCAUGUGUCACAUUAGCGGGGUCAAAAAGCUCACGCACAGAUCCAGCCUUUCUAAUUCCACCAUGCCUCGCUUUGGGGUGAAGACAGAACAUGAGGAUGCGCUAGCCAGGGAGCUGAAUGACUUGAAUAGGUGGGGUCUUAAUAUAUUUCGUGUGGCAGAGUUCUCUAAUAACCGACCCCUCAGCUGCAUAAUGUUUGCCAUCUUCCAGGAACGGGAUCUUCUAAAGACCUUUCAGAUCCCAGUGGACACGUUUGUUACAUAUGUGAUGACCCUGGAGGACCACUACCAUGCUAAUGUGGCCUAUCAUAACAGUCUCCACGCUGCAGAUGUCACACAGUCCACUCACGUGUUGCUGUCUACACCAGCUUUAGAUGCUGUCUUCACCGAUCUGGAGAUACUCGCUGCAUUAUUUGCUGCUGCCAUCCAUGAUGUGGACCAUCCAGGAGUGUCCAACCAAUUCCUCAUCAAUACUAACUCAGAGCUAGCCCUGAUGUAUAAUGAUGAGUCAGUGUUGGAGAAUCAUCACUUGGCCGUGGGCUUCAAGCUGCUCCACGAGGAUAACUGUGACAUCUUCCAAAACCUGAGCAAGCGGCAGAGACAGAGCCUGAGAAAACUUGUAAUUGACAUGGUUUUGGCGACAGAUAUGUCUAAACACAUGAGUUUGCUGGCCGACCUCAAAACAAUGGUAGAAACCAAGAAAGUGACAAGUUCUGGAGUGUUACUUCUUGACCACUACACAGACCGGAUACAGGUCCUGAGAAACAUGGUGCAUUGUGCUGAUCUGAGCAAUCCCACCAAACCUCUAGCAGUGUAUCGACAAUGGACGGAGAGAAUCAUGGAGGAGUUCUUCAGGCAGGGAGAUAAAGAGCGAGAACGUGGGAUGGAGAUCAGCCCCAUGUGUGACAAACACACUGCAUCAGUGGAAAAGAGUCAGGUGGGAUUUAUCGACUACAUUGUCCAUCCUUUGUGGGAGACAUGGGGGGACCUGGUGCACCCUGAUGCCCAGGACAUCCUGGACACCCUGGAGGACAACAGGGACUGGUACCAGAGCACAAUCCCACAAAGCCCCUCGCCUCCUCCGGUCGGCCAAGACAAGGAGCUAAAUGCCUGCAUAGGCAAGUUUCAGUUCGAGCUCACCCUCAAAGACAGCUUUCAGGGAGGACAGGAAGAUGAAAGCGAUCAGCCAACGUUGAACCACGUGGAACAGGACUGCAAGCAGCAGGAAGAGGAGCAAAAUCAGGAAGAUGAGGUUAGCUUAAUGACAGAGGCACAUGAGGACAUAAUAGAAGAGGAAGAUGAGGUGGAAAUGGAGGAGGAGGAGGAGCUGAAGGUUGAGCUGGAAGAAGGAUCUGAGAAGGAGAGACUUUCUGACACAAGUCCUGUAGAGGAGGAGGAAGAUUCUUCUUCACAAGCUGAAGAUACAUGAGUUCUGCUCAUGUCUCCCUCUUCAAUUGCACAUCUUAUUUUGUUCAUCCUUUUCAAUGGCCAAACUAAGAACAAAUAAGACUGCAGUGACAAUAGAGACCUUUAACUAUAUUAAACAAUAAAAGGGAAUCAAUUAAAAUCACUUAAAGAGAAAUUAAUUACACAGCAACUGUAGAUUUGGAGUGGGUGGCAAGUGUUCGCCUAAUUUCACAAUGAACUUGAAGCCAAAGGCGGGCAACUGGAUACAGCGUAGCAACCUGGUACGAGAAUGCACACACACAAACACACAUCAAGUGACACACAAACACGUGUGUUUCUAAUAAGAUAAACAGAGAGUCACACAGAGUACACUGAUGCAACAUGUGUAUGCAUCUCUGUGCAUCUGUGCACGACACAUUCACUCGGUCGUAGGCCACCUUUUAAUGCAUUAUCUGACACACGCACACUUACAUGUAUGUUUGUAUGUGUGCAUUUGCGAGGGACUUUGAUACAUAGUGAUCUUUGGAAAAAGCCAUCUCUUAAUGGAGUGUUACCUAGUGUUCAGUCAGUAUUAGUAAAUCCACAUUUGUUAGAACCCCCAACGAAAAACUGUUAUCCUCACAAAAGUUGUACCUCCGAGUGACACUUACUUUCUUUUUUUUUUUUCCAUUUGUGUCGGAAAGAAAAAAAAGUGAAAGUCUACAGCGUUGAAGGAGGAGUGAGGAAGACGGGAAACGAGAGGAAGGAAGAUGCUGCUGACAGAGGGACCGUUGCGUCCCGUAAACCCUUUUCCCUUUACGAGGAGUGCAACUGGUGCAAGAUGGCUCGGUGCCUUUCUCAAACACCAGCUUCCUGAACGGAGCUGUCGUGAAGCAAUGUAUUGUGGGACAGGAGUGUGUGGGUUUUGUCAUCAUUUUUGAUUGUCUCUUGUUAAAGAUCUAUCAUUAUGGUAUUGUGGUAUGUAUCUCACGCGUACAGUUUUUCUGUGGUGACAUGUGUUAAGCUGUAAGUCUUCCUUUGUUGCUCUUCGGUAAGAUUAAUAACUCGGAACUCUAGAUGCAGAGCAAUCGAUAUACCGCCACCACAACCGCCAGGGGACUUUUUGAUUUUUGUUUAUUAGAAUGAUUUUUUUAACUUUCUGACAAUAAGCCAUGUGAUGCUUUGAAGCAUAUGUUUGCCUGAUUUCUAGUUUCUGAAUAUGUUGACAGGAUACUGAAUUAUGCCAUCAGCAGAACAAUCUGUCAUCACCUUCUCACGCCCGCUCUCUUCAUACACGACAGUUCUCACCAAAGUAACAGAUGGAAAACAUUUAAAGGAAACACAGAUGAAUAAGAAAAUCAGGGAGGCAGAACGUCCAGGGAACAAUGCGGGACUUAGCCAAAAAAGGCGUGGCAUUCACUAUUCAUUUUUGUUGUGUUUGAUGCUUUCUUGCCUUAAUGUCAGAUGCAGGAUACAAACCUGCCAAUAUGUAGAUUUCUAUGAUAUUUAAUAGAUAUCCUCCUAUAUUUAUAUUAUGUCUGUAUGCUUAUUUCUGUGAGUAUCUGUGUGUCAUGUGUCUGUCGAGGUUAAGGGAGACAUUGCUGGCAAUCCGUUAUGUUGUGCUCUGAGCAACACAAAGAAUGUCUUGCUUUUUAAUGAAGACAAUAGAGCAACUAUGUUUGCAGGAGGAAGCAGCAAAUAGAAUUAAAGGGGUCAUAUUUUGCAAAACUGUUUUUAAUCUACCUUUAAAGGGAUAGUUCAUCCACCAAUUUAGAAUAUAAAAUAAGCACUUAAUUAUGGACAAGUAUUUGU